AUUUUUUCCCUCUGGUCCUGACGUUAUUCACUAAAUCCGCCCAUCCCCAUCUUUUACUACUGGACCUAUGAUCGGCUCGAAUGACUUUUGAUUCAUUCAGCCUGAUGUCCGUACGCUCAAUUCAACGGCUUAGAAAUCCAGCCUCCAUUGCGGCAGUCUCCUAAAGUCCGUGACCCGCCGCCCCAAUGUGUCAUUGUUGAUUCUUUCAUCACCUCCUUCCCUUCUACUCCACCGGUCUAUCUCCGGACCAUCUCUUUCUUGUUUGACGACUCUUGUUCGGUUUCAUUCCUGUUGCUCUCCUCUCCUUGAUCAAUUCAUUUUCUUAUGCCCUUCUUACCGCCUCGUCUUCCUAAGCUAGCCCUGCUUGUGGGAUCCGAUAAUCGUUGACAUUGGUAUCGGUCGUUUCGCUCCUAUCCCCAUCUUGAGCACGGGUUGUUUCGCAGCAAUCAGACGCGAGGGCUGGUGGGGUGAAGAACCGGCAAGAUGUUCAAUACACACUCUCGGGAAAUGUACGGGCGCCGCUACCGUCAUGAGCCACCCGUUUCUGGUUUACACAAUGUGGCGCUCCCCGGCCAGUAUCAACAAAAUCCAGGCGCUAUCCAAUCUCAACAUGACUCUGACGGGCCGACGAGAAGCGCCAGCCAGGAAGGAGAUGGUACUUGGGGCGAACGCGAUGUUGGCGGGUUUAGCCGCGAGGAGGCCAUGGCUGGAUUCGAAGAAAUGCGAAGAGAGCUAACCAGACUGAGCUUACAACGGACGAAGACCAGAGACUCCGAUCUUGGUAGACCCAAAAGCCGAUUGUCAAGAGGUCGAACAGGGCCUACCAUUGCGAGGACGCGGACGAGGUCUUCGAGGGCAGACAGUGCUGCAAAUGCAUCCACCCUGGAUGAGGAGGCGGGUCCUGAGCCUGUUGGGGAAGACGAUCUCGACCUAGGAGCCUUUCUGAAAGAUGGAAAUUUCGAGAAACGAACCGAGGCCGGCGAGUCUGCCAAGAAAGUGGGUGUUGUCUACAAGAAUUUGACGGUAAAGGGUGUAGGUGCCCAGGCCAGUUUCACAAAGACACUCCCGCAGGCUGUUCUGGGGACGUUUGGCCCAGAUCUCUACCGCAUAAGCUCAAGAUUUGUUCCCGCCCUGAGAUUCGGCAGCCAUCCACCCACACGAGAUAUUAUUCAUGAUUUCUCUGGAGUCGUUCGGGACGGCGAGAUGAUGCUGGUUCUCGGUCGGCCUGGAUCGGGAUGCUCCACAUUCCUCAAGGUCAUUGCGAAUCAGCGGGAAAGCUAUGCUGGGGUCGAGGGCAAAGUAAGCUAUGGAGGCAUCUCGGCUGAAGAACAAAGAAAGCACUACCGAGGAGAAGUCAAUUACAACCCGGAGGAUGACCAACACCUUCCCACCCUGACAGUGUGGCAAACGCUGCGAUUCGCAUUGAUGAACAAGACUAGGAAGCACGAAGCGGGCACAAUCCCCCUCAUCAUCGAAGCUUUGCUGAAAAUGUUCGGCAUUUCCCACACCAAGGGCACUCUUGUUGGAAACGAGUACGUCCGAGGUGUCUCUGGAGGCGAGCGAAAACGAGUAGGUAUCGCCGAGACCUUGGCUACCAAGUCAACAGUGGUGUGCUGGGACAACUCCACGCGUGGUCUCGAUGCAUCAACGGCGUUGGAUUAUGCGAGAUCUCUUCGGAUAAUGACCGAUAUUUCAAACCGCACAACCAUCGUCACACUCUAUCAAGCAGGUGAAGGCAUCUAUGAGUUGAUGGAUAAAGUCUUGGUCAUCGAAGAGGGCCGAAUGAUCUACCAAGGUCCUGGUAAACUGGCGCGGCAAUACUUUGUUGACCUCGGAUUUCUUGCGCCGGAUCGCCAGACAACUGCCGACUUCCUAACCUCCGUAGGUGACCCAAGUGAGCGGCAAUUCCAGCCUGGCAAGGCGGCAACCACACCGAAGACCGCUGAAGAGCUCGAAGCUGCCUUUCGCAAGUCCGAAAUAUACAAGCAAACUCUAUUUGAUGUCGAGGAUUACGAGAAACAUCUUCACAAUACUCAGGGCGAAAACACUCGACGAUUCCAAGAAGCCGUGGAGGAAUCUAAGAGCAAUAGUAAGCUGACGUCGAAUCAAUCCAGCUACACGGUUUCUUUCUGGCGACAGGUCUGGGCCUGCACGCUCCGCGAGUUCUGGCUCUUCUGGGGCGACAAGACCUCCUUGUACACAAAGGCCUUCAUCAUCGUUGCGAACGCCCUGAUUGUCGGGUCGUUGUUUUAUGGCGAAUCCCUCGACACGGCCGGUGCCUUUCCUCGUGGCGGUGCCCUGUUCUUCUCAGUCCUCUUUCUUGGUUGGCUGCAAUUGACUGAGCUGAUGAGAGCUGUGAGUGGCCGUGUUGUCGUCGCCAGACACAAGGAGUACGCCUUCUAUCGGCCGAGCGCCGUUGUCAUCGCUCGAGUACUCCUGGAUCUGCCUGUCAUUGCUAUCCAAGCGGUGGUGUUCACCGUCAUAUUAUACUUCAUGGCUCAACUGGACGUCACCGCUGGGAAGUUCUUCAUCAACCUGCUCUUUGUCUAUAUCAGCACAAUCUGCAUUACGGCGCUCUAUCGGAUGUUCGCUUCCCUGAGUCCGUCAAUUGAUGAUGCCGUCCGCUUUUCCGGCAUUGCACUCAACCUUCUGGUCAUCUUCGUAGGCUAUACAAUUCCGAAACACACUUUGACCGGCGACGUGAUUUGGUUUGGAUGGUUGUAUUACAUCAAUCCUCUUUCCUAUUCAUACGAGGCUGUCCUGACGAACGAGUUCUCCGACCGUACCAUGCAAUGCGCCGAGUCAAAUCUUGUUCCUCGAGGUCCAAAUAUCGACCCUGCAUACCAAGGUUGCUCGCUGACUGGCGCAACAGUAGGAAGCAACACUGUCAAUGGUGCUGCCUAUGUCGGAGAGUCGUUCGGAUAUUCAAGGUCACAUUUGUGGCGCAAUUUCGGAGUCGUGAUCGCUUUUGCAGUCCUGUACAUCCUCAUCACCGCUAUUGCAUCGGAGCUUUUCUCCUUUACCAAUGAGGGUGGUGGUGCCUUGGUGUUCAAGAAGACGCGCAAAGCCAAGCAGAUGGUUAGCGAGGACACAAAGCCUGCAGAUGAAGAAAAGACAGCGUCAACGGGCGAGCCAGUAUCGACUGGAUCAUCCCAGACACUUCAAAAUGAGAAGGACAAUAUCGUAGACAGCAUCGCGGAGAGCAAGAGCGUCUUCACCUGGGAAAAUGUGCAGUACGAAGUGCCAUAUCAGGGCGGAAAAAGAAAACUACUCAAUGGAGUGAAUGGUUAUGUCAAACCGGGCCUGAUGAUUGCGUUGAUGGGUGCAAGUGGUGCCGGCAAGACCACGCUCCUCAACACACUCUCCCAACGACAAACCACGGGAACCGUCACUGGUGACAUGCUUGUGGACGGCCGACCUCUUGGCAUAGAGUUUCAAAGAGGGACCGGUUUCUGCGAACAAAUGGAUUUACACGACGAAACUGCCACCAUCCGCGAGGCUCUCGAAUUUUCAGCCAUGCUGAGACAAAGCCGUGACAUACCAAAGCAGGAAAAGCUGGACUAUGUCGAUAAGAUCAUUGAUUUACUCGAGUUGAACGACAUCCAGGACGCCAUCAUUUCGUCCUUAGGUGUCGAACAGCGCAAGAGAUUGACGAUCGGUGUUGAACUAGCUGCUAAACCGGAUUUACUCUUGUUUCUUGACGAACCCACAAGUGGCUUGGACUCGCAGUCGGCAUACUCGAUUGUACGAUUCUUGAAGAAACUGUCUCAUGCUGGCCAGGCGAUCGUCUGCACCAUCCAUCAGCCAUCGUCAAUGUUGAUUCAGCAAUUCGACAUGGUGCUCGCGCUCAAUCCAGGCGGUAACCCAUUUUAUUUCGGGCCCAUUGGAGAGAAUGGAUCCGCAGUGGUCGAAUACUUCGCCCAACGAGGCACUAAGUGCCCACCAGAUAAGAACGUGGCCGAAUUCAUCCUGGAGACUGCAGCAAAGGGUGGGAAGCGACGAGCAGACGGUACACGAGUCAACUGGAACAAGGAAUGGCUUGAGUCAAAAGAAAAUGCCCAAGUGCUAGAAGAGAUCCGACGCCUCAAAGAAGAACGAUCCAGGGAGCCGGUCAAGGAAUCGAGUGCUCAACGUGCCUUCGCCGCACCCGUCCCGCUGCAAACGAUCGAACUCACGAAACGAACAUUCCGAAAUUAUUGGCGAGAUCCAUCGUACCUCUACGCCAAGUUAUUCGUCAGUGUCAUCAUCGGCAUCUUCAACGGUUUCACCUUCUGGGAUCUCCAAAACUCGGUUGCAUCUCUCCAGUCACGACUCUUCACGCCCUUUCUGAUCGUUCUGAUCCCACCUACCAUUGUCAACGGUGUCGUACCCAAAUUCUACCAGAAUCGAGCUCUUUGGGAAGCACGUGAAUACCCGUCCAGGAUCUACGGAUGGAUCGCAUUUUGCACCGCACAGGUCGUUGCGGAAAUCCCCAUGGCCAUUGUCUCAUCGGUCGUCUACUUCCUUAUCUGGUACUACCCGACCAACCUACCCCGCGACAGCAGCACCGCCGGCUACAUGUUUCUGAUGACGAUGCUAUUUUACCUCUUCAUGUCAAGCUGGGGUCAAUGGAUUUGCGCCUUUGCACCCAGUUUCUCGGUCAUCAGCAAUGUCCUGCCCUUCUUCUUCGUGGCCUUUGGUAUCUUCAACGGCAUCGUAAGGCCAUACACCCAAUUACCCGUCUUUUGGCGGUACUGGAUGUACUGGGUCAACCCCAGUCAAUGGUGGCUGUCGGGAACUUUGGCCGCGACCCUGCGCGAUCUCCCCAUCCAAUGUCGAACGGGCGAGAGCACGCUGUUCAAUGCCCCGCCAGGCCAAACAUGCAUGUCAUACGCGAGCGACUUUGUCCGGUCCGUGGGCGCAGGCUACAUCUCUACUACGGAAAACGGCACAUGCGCUUACUGCCCAUACGCCAAUGGCAACGAAUACCUCGCGACCUUGAAUAUCAAGCCUGACCAAAAGUGGCGCGACUUCGGCAUCUUCUUGCUCUUCGUCUUCUCGAACUGGGCUUUGGUCUACUUCUUCAUUUACACCGUUCGUGUCAAGAAGUGGUCCUUCGGAAUGGGGUACUUGUUCGGUGGAAUGGGAAAGAUCGUGGGCGCGACCAGCAAGAUGAUCAGACGGAAGUGAAAAGGUUGUGCUUUUGUGCCUUCUUGUAAAGCGUAGAAAAAUGUGUUGGCACGUUAGCGAUUGAUAGAGAGGGAAACUAACAAGCGAGGAGUUAGAUAGCAAUGGACAAUUGUGCAAAAUACUUGACAAGACAUUGAGAGAUGUACCGAGCACCGAAAUUCCGCCGAAUUUGGUGCCCCGAAAUAUUUUCCAUUGGUGGGUCAUGAAAAGGUGCUUUAUUUCCCUGAUAUGGUAGGUAUGCAUGCAUGCUCUUCAAGGAAAUAUCUGGCCAAAGUCCCCUGGGGACUUUUCCUGCCCUAACUCUUGCCCAAUAGGGAAGUACACGUGUGGUGUUGAUGAUUCUAACAUUGGCAGUGCACAUGUUGCGCAUACUUGACAUUUGCCAAUGCGACUUCUUUCUCGAAACAUCUUCGACGCCCAAUAUCAAUACUCGGGCCAUUAGUCUAUCGGGUCUAUCAGGUCUAUCAAAUCUAUCAUCGCU